GUCCGGACGAGACACAGAUCAACAAGCGGACUGCUGUGGGAGAGCAGGCGACCUCUUCGCGCACCAUUGGCUGUGAUUCUUGCAUCACGUAGUCACUCGGUGUACAUAGUACAAGACACUCGUAUGGCGUGCCCAAAGCCAAGCACUUCGAAGGUGUGCGCUCCGUGCGAAGGUGGAAGCGAAUCCGGUUUGCAGGUCUACACCACACAAGAGCUGGAAAAGGAGCUGGCAUCGUUACCGCUGUGGACAUCGACCCCAAACGGAGACUUCAUCGUCCGAUCGUUCGUCGCCAAGAACUUCGUGUCCGCAAUGGCGUUCCUCAACGAGGUGGCGACCGUGGCGGAGGAGCAAGGUCAUCACCCAGACCUUCACCUGACACAAUACCGCAACGUCGAGAUACGGCUGCAGACGCAUUCGAUGGGAGGCGUGACCCAGAACGAUAUUGCGGAGGCCAGGCUGUUUGACCAACUGUCGGUGACCUAUUCGCCCAAAUGGCAACGAGAGAACCUACCAGAUUCGGCGACACCACCGACACCAGCACCAAGCACUGCGCCUUCGUCUGCGGCACCUUCUUGAAGCGAUCUUCUCAACAUUUGUAUUCCCCGUUGUUGUACAUACCAGGAGUAGUCAUGGCGGAGGUGGUCGUGUUGGAGUAGUUGUUGAUUUGGGCAGGCGUGGUGUUCAUUCAUGGAGCGAAUAGGCUUAACUUUAUUUCGUCAAUAGUUGACCUUCGGGUUAUAUCGGGGUCUCUUUGGAAGAAACUCACUUUGUGAUGUUGGAUAGAAGAGGAGUUCACGGUAAUGAAUAAGCGGCAGGCGAUGGUUGCGUGCCAAGAUAUGAAUUGAAGCUAUUCGAGUGAUUCUUGCUCCAGCCAACACCACGUGCGGUCUUGGUCGCCGAUGUCCCACAGUUAGCCUGAUCGCGACGGUAUCUUAUUUUCGCAACCUAGUUGCAGCUCGUGACAGUGUGGGCGAAAUAGACCUUCAAAAGUCCCGAGGUUCGGCUAUGCGAUCGGUAGCACUUGAGGCCUUGCCUUGAGACCUGCAACCUUCCUCUAAGAAAUGGAUUGGUUUAUCGUGCGCCUGGUGGAACCGGGAAUGUUCGCGGAAUAGCCAUGCGAGCGACAGGCCGCACAACCGCCCCAGACUCGUGCAAUGCGUGACAUCUUCUUCUUGAUAACCUUUGGAACUUAUUUGCUGUUGGUUUGAUAGCCUAUCGAAGCUCGCCUGGAGCAGAAAGAACGAAAAUCAGAUUGCAACAUACAUGGUGCGCUGG